AUGCCUAUCGAAUUUGUUUGCAAAAUCAAAUUUGCAGAGGAGGAUGAGAAGCAAAAAAGCAAGCAGGAUGGGGACAAGGAGAGCCUGAUUGAGGAGAGCUGCACACCUCCGGUUAAGGACUUGGCCGGGUUUGCUAACUCCUGCUCUCUUCAUGGGAUUAACCACAUCUUUGUCUCUGGUCGCCUGGGCAUCCGGCAGACUCUCUGGGCUCUUGCCUUUUUGACUUCACUGGUGCUGUUUCUAUACCACGCAGCUAAGUGUGCUAUCUCUUACCUGGAGCACCCUCAUGUCACAGCUCUGAAUGAAGAGGCGACCCCAGAGAUGGUUUUCCCUGCUGUGACCAUCUGCAACAUCAACCGCUUUCGCUUCUCCGCGCUCACCGAUGCCGACAUCUACCACCUGGCUAACUUAACAGGUCUGCCCCCCAAAAACAAGGAUGGGCACAGACCUACUGAUUUGAUGUAUCCUGCCCCUGACAUGCAGGACAUCUUCAACAGGACAGGACAUCAGUUAGAAGAGAUGCUCAUGAGCUGCAAUUUCAGUGGACAGAACUGUUCAGUCGAGGACUUCUCUGUGGUUUACACCAGAUAUGGGAAAUGCUACACUUUUAAUGGCAACAAGACGACAUCCAGGAAAAGCAAACAGGGCGGAAUGGGAAAUGGGCUGGAGAUCAUGUUGGAUAUCCAGCAGGAUGAGUAUCUGCCCAUCUGGAGAGAGACAAAUGAGACGUCCCUGGAGGCCGGCAUCCGAGUUCAGAUCCACAGUCAGGACGAGCCUCCCUACAUCCACCAGCUGGGCUUCGGCGUCUCUCCGGGCUUCCAGACCUUUGUUUCAUGUCAGGAGCAGAGGCUGACCUACCUGCCCCAGCCCUGGGGGAACUGCCGCUCCACCAGCAAAGAGAAGAUCCCGGGGUACGACACAUACAGCAUCAGUGCCUGUCGCUUGCUCUGCGAGACCAACGAGGUCCUGCGAGUGUGCAGCUGCAGGAUGGUGCACAUGCCCGGAACUGCAGAUAUCUGCCCUCCCAGUAAAAUCAACUGUGUUGACAAAGCACUCGCACAGCUACAGAAGAACAGUGGGGAUACCUGUCCAUGCGAGACGCCCUGUAAUCUCACCCGCUACGGUAAAGAGCUCUCCAUGGUCAAAAUCCCCAGCAAGGGCUCCGCUCGCUAUCUCUCCAGGAAAUAUGACAAGUCAGAGGACUACAUCAGAGACAACUUUCUGGUCUUAGAUAUCUUCUUUGAAGCGCUGAACUAUGAAACAAUUGAGCAAAAGAAAGCCUACGAUGUCGCGGGUUUAUUAGGUGACAUUGGUGGACAGAUGGGCUUAUUCAUUGGAGCCAGCAUCCUCACAAUCUUAGAAAUACUGGAUUAUAUCUAUGAGGUGAUCAAGCAACGGCUAAAACGUCUGCUGAGGCCGCAGAAAGAGGAGAAGAAGAACAAGCAGCAGACCAGCACUGUUGCAACAGUGGGUCUUGAGGAAAUGAAAGCAAAGCAGGAGCCCAAUGACAUGACACGGAGUCAUCCAGAGGGGGCAUACGCCAACACCAUCCUCCCCAACCACCACCACCCUCUCCCACACCCUCAGCGCCAUCACGCCGGGCACCUAGGGGUAUUUGAGGACUUCGCUUGCUAGAGCUAACCACCGCUUCCCAUCCUGGUGACACCAAAAGAUAAAAGCUGUCUGUGUUCAGAUCAAUAACAGACCCUUGGCAUUUCCGUCGCUCCUUUGCUGUCACCAGUGACAAGCUACAGCCAAAGUCGAACACCAAACUUGUGCUGCUAACAAAGCACUUGUACGUACAGUAUGUAGGCACAAAUUGGACACCGCUUCUUUUUUUUCUCUCUGGAUGGGACCCCUCUCAACUUUGUCCAGCUUCAUUUGAGAAGUCAGGCACUUUGUGUUUUCAGGACCAAUUUUUGGUACAUGAUCACUACAAGGGAACAAGUGGAGAACCGCAUGUCACCUUGAUCCAGUUUAUACCCUAAUGAUUUAUUUAUUUAGCUAGCAUCUCUGCUUUUUUUGUCUGUAUCUCUCCAUGUAUCUCUCCUCCAACUAUUCCUCUUACUUCAAGGAAAACAAUGUACCAUAUGAAGCCAUUGCACAUUCUAAAUUAUGUAAUUAUUUAAAGAGAUACUAUUAUCUAUAUAUGUUCUAUAUUGUCUACAAGAUGAGAAUACUUACAGUAAGCAAAUCUUACUCGUGUUACAUCCAUCCAAAAUAUGAGGGGAAUUAUUUAGGCUGAACUGUAUGACUGGAAGAUCUAGCUGCAUCUUUCCACAUGAUACACUUUGUCUGGUUUGUGGUUAAGGUGUUAGAGAGUAGCAAUGUACCUGUACAUAAAGUCCAACUUUAAAAUGAGAAUGUUCUAAAGUUCUGUUUCAAUGGCUGUUGUUUAUAUUCUUUUAAUAUAUAACUUAUGUAAUAUUAUUUUAGUUAUUUAUACAUUUUAGA